UCAGAAAGUGUGCAGAGGCUGCGCAACACACGCUAUGGGUGCCGACCGGCCCGCCCUUAACUGAAAGCAGCUCAUACAUUAUCGGUAUCGCGCCGCGUCGCUGUGGAUAGCGAUCGAUGCCAGUAUUUCAGUUCGUCAACAAUUUAUCUCCAUCCUCUCCCCGCAUCACUGUAUAAAUAGGGAGCGCGCGAAGGACAGGAGCCGUGGUGACAGAGUCUGUAGCGCAGCAAUCUCCCUCAGGUGGGUCAGAGCAAGGGGGAGAAGAAAGAUGGACGCGGAGCAGGAGUCGCGGUGGGCGGCGGCGCAGGGGAUCGGCAUCGGCGAGGACCUCGUCCCGGCCGCGCUGCGCCACCUGGAGUUCCUAGCCGCGGUCGACCGCCGCCGGUGGCUCUACGACGGCCCGCUGCUCCACAGGGCCAUACGCAGGUACAAAGCUUGCUGGCUUCCCCUUCUUGCCAAGCACACCGAGGCCACUGUUGCAGAUGAUGAGCCUUUGGUUGUUCCGCUUGACUGUGAAUGGAUAUGGCACUGCCAUCGGCUUAACCCGACUCGAUAUAUAAAGGACUGCAAGAGAUUAUAUGGCAGGAUACUGGACUGUAAGAAUGUCAGGUCCUCCAUUCAAGCAAAGUCCAAGGAUCGGUCCGAGAAAGUUUGGACUGAGUUAUAUCCUGGAGAGCCUUUUGACUUGGAGUACAGUGGCAGCCCUUCCGACGAUUCUGUUUACGUGGGUGAUGAAACCGCAGGAGGCAUUUCCUAUGAUCUGGUCUCAGCUGUUAAGAGACAGUCUUCUUUCGUCUACCAGGUUGGAACACCAAACAUGCAUGAUCAGCGUUUUCUUGAAGACGCUUUAGCUCGGUACAAAGGUUUUUUGUAUCUGAUCAAGAUGAACCAGGAGAAAGGAAUGAACCUUUUUCGUGUGCCAACCUACGAUGUGGAUCUAAUGUGGCACACUCACCAACUGAAUUCUGUUGCCUACUGCAAUGACAUGCUGUGUCUCCUUGGGAGAGUUCUGGAGCAUGAUGACACGGAUGACGAUCGAGCUGAAGGAAAGAAGCUCGACACCGGAUUUUCAGGGACCACCGAGCAGUUUGAGAAUAGCUUUGGUGUGAGGUAUUGGAAGGCUGGCGCUAUGUACCGUGGAAGCUUGCCAUCUCCUGUGACAUCCGUUCCUCAGAUUUUCAGUGGUGAGGGCGAUAGUGUUUUUGGUGUCGGUGAAGCAGAGAAGCAUCUUGCUAUUCUUGAAACAAACGUUGUGGAGUUGUAUUUACAGAUUGUGGACAUCAAGAAUUUACCAUCUGCAAUUCCUGAGAAAAGCGUUUAUGUAUGGUACACCAAGACUAAACCAGAUGCAUUCAUCCGUGAUGGCGGCAGGUUGGAUAUUUCAUCGAAAACAGGGAAGAGUAUCGGAGCAGGUUUCCAAUGCGAACCGACUGGCGAAAUCAUUCUUACAGUAAUGGUUGAUCAGGCCUGUUUUGGGGCAUCAUCAUCAUCGAAGAAACCAGAACCGUUGGGGAAGGUUUCGAUCUCUCUUCAAGAGGUUACAGGGCAUGAUUCUAGUCUCUCCUUUGAGAGGUGGUUUGAACUGAAAACUUGUGGUGCGUAUGCCGGUUCCCCUCCUGUCAGUCUUCGUGUUGCCGCAUCUUGUACUGUCCCAAGGCAGGCUCCACAGGUCCUUAGCAUGGUCAAUGUAAAGCCUUGCUCUCUGAGGGCCUGUCUAUUGCCACAUUCCAUCGAGGAUCAAAAUAUGAGCUCCUGGACUCGCUUCGUGUAUGAUUGUGGUACUGAACUCAUUCGUCUUCAGAUAAGGGAGCACAAGGCCAAGAGUGGCAUGGCUCUCGUUCGAGAAUUGGUCGGAGUAACAAAGUCAUCAGAGCAGCCAUUGCAGCUUGCACAAUUCACGGAAAACAAAUGGUCUUUUAACAACUCCAACUCAUCCAUCACUCUUGACCUGAAACCAAGCAAGGAUGGCUGCAUAAAUGAGCUCAAAUACGACAGCAAACUGAUCAAACUAUACAGGGGAAGGAGACUAGCAUAUGAACUCAAAUGCUGCAGUCAGCAUGCUGAAGAUACUGCAGCCGUUACUGCGGUGAAGUUCUCUGCUGAACACCCCUAUGGCAAAGCAGUCGCACUAGUUGACGCUGAAUCAGAGUUUAUCACGGUGGAUGAGGAUUGGUUCCUGCUUCCCUGGAUCGCAAUAUCAUUCUUAUUCCUGAAUUCCAUUGGCAAAGAUGGUGCAAAGCUCAUCGAAGGUGCCAUGGUACAGAAGGGUGAAAGAGUUAAGCCUGAUACUACAGUGGCUUCUGAAAUGGUGAAAGGUGGAGCAGCAGGCGCCACUGCUGGUCCGGCGCAAUGUGGAGCUUGUGGCACGGCUGGUGGCGGUGACAAGGUCAUGGCAAGUGACAAGGCCGGUCAUGCUAGCUAUGGCAGCUCAGUCACUGCAAGCGGCAAGGUGGCUGAUUCUAAGUGUGGUGGUUGUGGAUCAGGCUGUGGUGGUGGAUGCGGUGUCUCUGUGGUCACCAUGAGCUACAAGAAAGGUCACGCGAGCUGUGGCAUCGUUGCAGGUGGCGAGAAUGGCCAUAUUGAGUCUGCUGGGUGUGGAUCAGGAUGCGGUGGUUCCUGCGGUGGCAACAUGGUUAUUGAAAGUUCCCAUGAGGGGAACACCAAGUCAGGUGGCUGCGGUUCAGGUUGUGGUGGCAGUUGCAGCGGUAUGGUGGUCGAAGGCUCCAAAAUUGGCCAUGCCAAGUCAGGCGGGUGUGGCUCGGGUUGUGGUGGUGGUUGCGGCGGCAUGCUGAUUGAACACUCCAAGACAAGUUGCACCAAGUCUAGCGGUUGUGGCUCAGGCUGCGGUGGUGGUUGCGGCAGCAUGGUCAUGGAAGGCUCCAAGACUGGCUUCACCAAGUCAGGCGGUUGCGGUUCGGGUUGUGGCGGUGGUUGCGGAAAUAUGGCCAGUGAAGGCUCCAAGAGUGGUUUCGCCAAGUCAGGCGGUUGCGGUUCAGGCUGUGGCGGUGGUUGCGGCAGCAUGGUCAUUGAAGGCUCCAAGACUACCUUCACCAAGUCAGGCAGUUGUGGUUCGGGCUGUGGCGGCGGUUGCGCUUCAGGCUGUGGCGGUGGUUGCGGCAACAUGGUCAUUGAAGGCUCCAAGACUACCUUCACCAAGUCAGGCGGUUGUGGUUCGGGUUGUGGCGGCGGUUGCGGUUCAGGCUGUGGCGGUGGUUGCGGCAGCAUGGUCAUUGAAGGCUCCAAGACUGCCUUCACCAAGUCAGGUGGUUGCGGUUCAGGCUGUGGCGGUGGUUGCGGCAGCAUGGUCAUUGGCUCCAGGACUGCCUUCACCAGGUCAGGCGGUUGCGGUUCGGGCUGCGGCGGCGGUUGCGGUUGAGGCUGUGGUGAUGAUUGUGGUAGCAUGUGAUGGAAAUAUGCCCUAGAAGCAAUAAUAAAAUUGUUAUUAUUAUAUUUCAGCUCAAUAUAAUUAAGUUGGUGGAAAAGUUGAACUGAGAUUUAAUGUUUGGGUUUUCAGUUUUAAGGAAUGAAUGGCAUCCAUUGCCAGUGUUUUUUUUC